AUGGCUGAGGAGGAUGUUUUUGAGACAGGAGAUUUUGGAGGAGAGGGCCGAGUUACCGUUGGCCAUCUAGACAACAAACUCAGCUGUGCGUUUGAGGAUGACGGACUUAUUGGUGCCAGUCUUGAUCUUGCCUCUUCUUCCGCGGCCGCCAGCAGGUUGGGCGUGGCAAUGGAGAUGCCCGACUGGGAUUCCCCGGCUUAA